AUGGCACCAGCUCGGAAAUCAGGCAAGGGUGGCCUCACCGUUACUCUCAAGGUAUCUCCCGAAAAGCUACGAGAACUAUUUAGCGACGAGCAAGAGAAGGUGGACUCACCCAUGAAGGAUGCUGCUUCCAAUAAGGACAUUACCGAAGCCAAAGACGGUCAAGACACACAAACGCCGGAAGCCAAUGGAUCCCCAGCACCAGCCUCUAGCCAACCUGUUGCCGUCCAAGCUGUGAAUGGAGAAACCAUUUCCGACUCGAAUCCUAGCACUCCUGGACCCUCGGCCAUGGGACCACCGGGGAAGAAGGGCACUAAGAGGUCGGCUGCUACUAACGGUGAACCCAAAUCUAGGGGUAAGCCUGGCCCGAAGAAGAAGGCUAAGCUUGAUGACGAUGCCGGCACUGGCGCUCGCGGAGGCGCAUCGCACAAGCUCGGGCCGAAAGCGAGUCAAGGCGCUAUUAACGCGGGUUUACGAGCUCUCGAUCGAUCCGGAAAGCCAUGCCGAAAGUGGACCAAGGGAACCUUUCAACUCAAGAGUUUUACUGGCGUUACCUGGGGUAUCAAUAGGUGGAAGGCCCCUCCCAAGCCGGUUCCCGAGGAAGCCAAGCCCGAAGGCGAAUCCGCCGACGCGUCUACAAGCGGCAGCGUUAAGGACAAGGAAGGAACCAACGGGAAGGCCGAGCAGAAGAGCGACGGCAAGACCGACGAAAAGGCACCCAAUGGCGUUACCAAUGGCACCCCGAAUGGCGUCGAGAACGUGAAUGGGACAGGUAGCCAAGACGUCGAGAUGCAGAGUGCGCCAGCCAGCUCACCACCCGCCCCGGUUCCUAUCGCCGCCGCUUCAUGA